CCUUUUUAAUCAGUCUUAAUCCUAUAUUUCUAAUUUUAAUUAACAAACCUUUUUAAGAUGGUGAUAUAUGGUCAUUGUAAAUAACUUAAGAAAACUUGUUAGUGUGGGUGUGCGUGACUGCGUGGUGAUUGAAAUCAGUCACAAAAGGUUGAAUUAUGUGUAGAAUAGAACGCUAAAUAAGGAUUUUUUGCAUAAUGCAUGGCAUAUAAACCGUGUCACCUAUUUCAUUUUGAAAAAAAUUGGUUUAAUUCAUAUUUUUUUCUUUUUGUAGAUGGCGGAGCAUUCUCUCUCCACUCCAGUAGACCAUUCCACGGCAGAAAGUCUCCUUUGUAAGCUUAAUUCUAUCAGUACUUAUGACCAGUGGAUCGCCUCCAGUGAAAUCUCCCGCCUUACAGAAAGCAAUCAUGAAAACCGAGUUGCCUUUGCCCAAGCUGGAGCAAUCCCUCUACUAUCAAUCCUUCUCGAAUCACUGGAUUCUGAUGCUCAGGAAAACGCAGUGACUUCUCUUCUUAAUCUCUCAGUUUAUGAGGAAAACAAAGUUAGCAUGGUGUUUUGCCAAGCUGAAAGAGCGAUUGCUGAUGUGCUGAGAAACGGUAGCAUGGUAGCACGGGAGAACGCAGCUGCUACCCUUUUCAUCCUCUCUGUAAACCACGAGAAAGAUGUAAUCUUCGGUUCUGGAGAAGCGGUGUCAGCUCUUGUGUUACUGUUGAGUGAAGGUACUGAGAGAGGUAAGAGGAUGGCAACCAAUGCGUUGUUUAAUUUCUGCUUAGAUGAGGAUAACAAAAAGAUGGCAGUGAGGGCGGGUGUAGUCCCGAUUUUAAUGGAGCUUCUUAGGGAGCAACACGGUGUUUUGAAAGAUAAAGCCAUAGCCAUUCUAGCCAUACUUUCAAUCCACCUUGAAGGAAGGUUGGCUAUUGGUAGAGCAGAGGCUGUGCCCAUUCUGGUUGAAAUUAUUGGGAAUGGAUCCCCGAGGAACAAAGAGAAUGCAACUUUAGUUUUGGUGGAACUUUGUUUGGAAGAUCAAAAAUAUUUGGUGGAGGCUCAAAACCUUGGAGCUAUGGAGAAAAUCAUGGAAUUACUGGAGCAAGGUACGAAUAAGGGAAAGGGAAAAACCAUAAAGCUGCUUGAAAAGAUAAAAGAGUUGGAUUAGGAUAUUUUUUAGUAAUUAUGUAAUUGUUACUAUAUUUACAUAAUGUAAUUGUAACUAUGUGACUAUGACAUAAUUGAUACUCCAAGUUACAUAAUUGUUAUACGGGGGUAAAUGUGAUUUUCAUGUC